CGUCAUAAGCAGACGUUCUCCUUCUGCUUGAGACGAAUAUGGACAAAUAACCAACCCGAUCGUAGCGAAACGUCUUUUUAUCAUUAUAAUGGCGAUAUAAGGGAGGACAUUAGUAAUAGGGAAAAAAACGUGUUUUCUUUUUUUAAUUUGCAUUUACGGACACAGGAUGUGCUACCACACGUCACCACUCGGGGGAGCCAUUGUUCUUGGGAGCUAUAGGGGUUCCCCGUUAAUGUCCACCUUUCCUCUCCCUUUGCCUUUCCCACUGUCCUAUCCAGUUCGACACACUACACUAUUGUACACUACUGUACUCUCCACUCAUCCAAACACAAAGUGCUCACACUCACAUCAGCAGCCUCACUAUCUGCUUCGUAUAAACCAGCCAUUCACCAUCAAUCAUGGCCGCCGGAGUACAAAUCUAACCCGUCUUUCCUCCCUGACGUGCGAAGGGGAGGAUUACUAUAAUUUUUGGGGGUUGUUGCAGGAAGACAAAUUAUCAGAUUUCUUUUUUUUUUUGGAUUACAAUACAUUUGACAGGAGAAAUAACAUUCAUGUCAAUACUCCAAAAUGCAGCCACCGCCGAGAAAGGUUAAAGUGACACAGGAGCUGAAGAACACGCACACGGACCAGUUGACAAGACUGCACUUUAAAAAUCUGAGUGAAUGCGACCUGCUGGAAGACAUGAGGAGCUACAGUCUGAAGAAGGGACAGCUCGAGAGGGAUUAUGCACAGGCUUUGCAGAAGUUAGCUAGCCAAUAUCUAAAGAGAGACUGGCCUGGAAUCAAUCAAGAUGACCAGAGAACAGACUACAGGAAUGUUUAUGCAGUGUGGCGGUCCUACUUAGAAGGUACGGUGCAGGUGAGCCAGUCCAGACUCAAUGUUUGUGACAACUACAAGAGUCAAGUUUCAGAUCCUGCAAAGACCGUCAGACUCUUCAAAGAGCAACAGCUAAAAAAGAUCAUAGAUCAAUUGAGUGGCAUUCAGGCAGAGCUGCAAGAGUCGGUGAAGGAAUUAGCCAAAGCCAAGAAAAAAUACUAUGACUGUGAGCAGGUUGCCCAUGCAGUACGAGAAAAGGCUGAUAUAGAAGCCAAGUCUAAGCUGGGUCUUUUUCAGUCAAGAAUUAGCUUGCAAAAAGCCAGUGUAAAGUUGAAAGCAAAGAGAAGCGACUGUAACUCGAAGGCAACGCAGGCCAGGAAUGACUACUUGUUAACACUAGCUGCUGCCAACGCUCACCAUGACCGCUACUACCACACAGACCUUCUGUAUUGCAUACAGGCCCUGGAUGGCAGGAUCUAUGAGCAUGUAAAAGACUACCUUAUAGCGUUGUGUCGCACUGAGCUGGAAGCCUCACAGGCGACACACAACACCUUUCAGUUCCUGUUGGACAAAUCUACCAGGAUAAUACAAGAGUACAACCAGCAGUUGUUCAUGCAAGAGAAUCCAGUGUUCCACAAAGCACACGACUUCCAGUUCCAGCCUAGCGAAUGUGACAAGACGCUGAGCUCAGUGCAGCAAUUGGUGGACAUUGAACCUUCGCCCGUCAGUGCCAUGAGAAUGACCCUGGCACAGAGUCGUCAGCUGGAGUCCGAGAUGGGAACCACAGAGGAGCACAGUCUGAACAAAGAGGCUAGGAAAUGGGCAACGCGAGUAGCCAGAGAACACAAGAAUAUCAUACACUAUAAGAGAUCACUAGAGGAGUGUGAGACUCAUGGGUUGCCCCCCACUGAACAAGGCAGAGCAGAUCUUGAGAUGAAGAUAGAAGAAUCCAAAGAAAACAUACGCAAAGCUGAGACAAUAAAGUUGAAAGCAGAAGCUCGAUUGGACCUCCUGCGGCAAGUGGGUGUCGCUGUGGACACCUGGCUGAAGAGUGCCAUGAAUCAGGUGAUGGAGGAGCUCGAGAAUGAGCGCUGGGCCAACUACACUUCCCACGAUCCCUCACUGUCGGGUACAGUGGACUUGGAGCGUGAGGACGGCGAGGAGUGUGAGGAGAAUAUGGAGGUUUUUGAUGACAGCAGCUCCAGCCCUUCAGGAACUCUUCGCAAUUAUCCUCUAACCUGCAAGGUCCUUUACUCAUACAAGGCAUCUCAACCAGAUGAGUUAACCAUUGAUGAACAGGAGAUGUUGGAAGUCAUUGAGGAUGGAGACAUGGAGGACUGGGUCAAGGCUCGCAAUAAGACAGGACACGUGGGUUAUGUUCCUGAAAAAUAUCUGCAGUUUCCUGCAUCCAACAGUUUACUGAGCAUGCUUCAGUCACUGGCAACGCUGGACGCUCGAUCGCAUACUUCUUCCAAUUCCACGGAGCCAGAGUUGCACUCCGGCUGCAUCAAUGGUGAUGCUAACAUUGUGUAUGUACGAGCACUUUAUGACUAUGAAGGCCAAGCAGAGGAGGAACUCACAUUUGCGGAGGGAGCAGUGAUUCGUCUUCUGAACCGUGACACUCAGACGGAUGAUGGCUUCUGGGAGGGGGAGCUUAACGGAAGGGUGGGAGUUUUCCCCUCUGUUUUGGUAGAAGAUCUAACAGAGAACGGAGAGACCAGUGUAGGAGGGCCCAACGGAAUCCAGGUUUCUCCUUCCCCCAAGCUUCCAUCCUGCCUUCCACCUCUUCCUCUGUAUGAUCAGCCUCCCAUCAGCCCUUUCACCAGUCCCGAGGCCUCCACCCCUCCUCCUCUCCCGCGUUCACCCUCUGCCGCACUCAACGGGGAGCACAAGCUUCCACUUCCUGCUGCGUCACACAAGACCACUCCAAAUCUAAGUUCUGGCAGGAGUCCGGUGUCUCCUGGCUUUCAACUGCAGCCGCCUAGAUGCACCCCUGAAGGAGGCGCAGGCAAACUACGACCUGUACGCGCGGCUCCACCACCACCCAAACAGCAAUCUCGACGACAGCAGGGGAAGAGCGACAAAGCCGAGGAGGUGGAGAUCACGCUGGUGUAAUUGACAGAAGAUGGCAGGCGGUUAGACGCACCCUCCAAAACAUUGUAAACUCAUGAUAUCCCAGAGGUAUAAGAGCUUAAAUAAACGGUCCAAAACGGAACCGAACCACAUAAAGCCCUUCCCCUCAAGCGACCUCUCGUUCUCUGUUAUCCUCAAGUUGAGGCGGAGAAGAGAGCAAGGUCGGAGAGAUGGGGUAUCCAAUUAAAUAUUAUCGUAUUUGCUUCCUAAUGAAGUGCAGCAGUAGCUUCCCCGAUGUUACCUCUCUGAAUUCCCACCUUUUUCCAUUCUUGCCUUAAAACCUCACCUCGUUUGGCAGAGGCGCAGAGCACACUGAAGAGCAGGAUGAGGAGAGGAGGAAAAAUGUUUGCAGAGGAAAGGAGAAGUGCUUCUUACUUUGUUGAUCUUCAGUUUCUUAGCUGACAAAUUGCUGUUUUAUUACACAUAAAGUAUGAACAAAUAGUCAUGUAGCAGUAGAUAUUAUGGAGACAUGAUUGCAAAUGAUUUGUCAUUUACCACCAACCUGUCAGGGGAGUGUCUUGUUCACACACAUGCAUCCUCUUUUUCCAGCAUCAUCAUCAUCAUCAUCAUGUGCUCAGUGUAGGAUGAAGUCUCCAGUCUGACUGUGAGUGCAGUGCCCCUGUCAUUGUGAUGACAGUUACACAUGCAAAUGCUGGACCAAUCAUUGUCCUAGAUGGGACAGGCAACACCAAUACAGUGGAACCUUUAAAAUCAAACACAAUCCGUUCCAAAACACAUUUAGACACAUUUCUCGUAAUUUUCUAUAUCACUUCUAUCACGUCUUUACGGUCACGGGUAAGCUGGAGACUUUCCCGGCUGACUUCGGGUCAGAGACGGUGUACACCCUGGACCGGUCAAUUACAGGACACAUAUGUUACACCCGCAAACGUAAUAACUACCCACAAACGUAAUACAAAUCUGCAGCUUUGAAUGUAAUAAUCUCGCAAAUGUAAUACAUUUCCCACAAACGUAAUAAAAUUUGCCCACUGCAAACAUAAUACAGAAAUUAUGACAUUUUGUUUGUGGGUGUACAUGUGCGUUUUAGUUACAGUAUAUUAUUGUAUGUGUGAUUUUGUGUGUAUAUGGGGAAGAAAUAAUCAAAAUAAAUAAUAAAAUAUAAUAAUAAUAGUAAUAAUAAUUUGAUGAAAACAAUUGCAAUUAUCACAAUUAUGUUAAAUAAAUUAUAAUUUAAUAAUUAAAGAUUCAUUUAAUGUAUUCAAAUGAUACUCUUUGAAUAAUAUUUUUCCACAAAAAAAAAGAAAAAAAAACAAUUGUUAAAAUCCUCAAAAUGACAUCUACACCUUCGCCCUCAGAUCAUUAUUUUGUCUCAUAUUACAUUUGUGGGAAGUUAUUACAUUUACAGAUUUUCACUUUCCCACAUAUGUAAUAAUUUGUAAUAAUGUAAUAAUUUGUAAAAAUUUAAUAACUAUUACAUUUGCAGGAAAUUCAGUUGUACGUUUGCAGUAGGCAAAUUUUAAAAAAGUUUGUGGGAAAUGUAUUACAUUUGCGGGAUUAUUACAUUCAAAGCUGCAGAUUUGUAUUACGUUUGCGGGUGUAACAAACAUAUGACAACCAUUCAUACCUAUGGGCAAUUUUAAGUCUGACAUUAACCUAACGUGCAUGUAUUUGGUUUGUGGGAGGAAUCCUGAGGACCCAGAGAAAACCCACACAAGGGGAUCGCAUAAACACUCCAAAGAUAGUGACUGCGAGGCCAACGUGCGAACCACGGGUACAUUUUUAACAUUUAAUGUUUUUAAUGAAAUUGCAAUAAUCCAUUCUAGGGUCAAAACUUUUAUAACUGUACAGGAAUUGUAACAUUUUAACAUUCUUAACUGUCAUAAGUAUAAAAAAGCUUUACAAAAUAACAUAAAAUUGCUCAGCUUUUGAAGACAUCUAACAGAAGUUAAAUUCAUCUUUUGCUGUGCACCUUUUAUAUUUAUUAUUUGGUCAUCAUCACAGUUUCCCUCUUUGCCAUCUCCGGAAGACACACAAAUUAUACUACAUUUUUAAUGUUCAAAUUUGAAGGUUCCACUGUAAAAACAAAUGCAAGAAAAUGUGUUUAGAGUUAGGAAAGAAAAAGAAAAGUGACUUUCAAUUCAUGAAAUUGGUGGUAAAUGUUUUUUUUUACUACAAAGCCUCCAAAGAAAGUAAGGUUUCAUUUUCAAUUUUCAUGUGUUUGGAAAGAUAAAGUGGGUGUGCCCUUCCCCACCCUGCUUGCCAUAUAUAGUUCCCACCAUUAUACAGUAUGUAUUCAAUGUGUAUUAGUACAGUACAUUACUGUUGUCAUAGGAAUGUUAUGCACAGCGUUUUAUAAUACUCUGCUAAAUGAUACGUGAUGGAAGCUCUUACUCUCAGAGGGCAUUGUAAAUACGGUAUGAUGGAGAGCUCGGAACGAGGACUGGAGAGAGAUGGCGGAGGGGUAGACAACGGAGAGGCUGGAUCCUCUCGUCUGCUCUUCCCUCUAGCUUUGUCUCAAUCCCUCCUUUCUUGCUGUUUCUCUAAUGUCUGUACUGUUGAUUGGCAGUGAGUGUGACUUGUAUUCCUAUACAGCCGCAUCAUACACACACAUGUGUGUAUCUUCAAAAAGCGUGACUGACUGACCCCUAGUUGAUUUAUUUUAAAGGCACUGAAGACUGUUGGUAUUUGUUGUCAUGGUGAUUUUGGGCAGAUAGUAUUUCUGGCACAGAGAUCAACUGAUGUGUUUUCAUUGACUGCUUCGUUAUGGCUUGUUUUGUUCUUUACCUGACAAUCUGUUUGUUUGCACCAAGUACCUCCAUCAGCAGUAUUCAUGAUACAAGCGUCAUGUUCUCUCGUGGUGGAUCAGUCAUGGCUGAAAUAGACGAGACAUGCUACAUGGAUGGAUGCAAAUGACAUUCAAAUGUUGCCGAGUACAAUUCUGUUUUUCUCACGUUUACCCUAUUUUUAAAUGCCCUUCAAGCCUAUAAGCACCUUGCCAAAUGGAAUGGCAGCGUAGCACUUUUAUUUAUUUGUAUGACCCCUGCGUAGUAGCAGUUCCUCCACUUUAGCACCACAAGUGAUGAAGAUGGCAUUGAAGUCAAAAGAUAUUCUGUCCAUUCUAAAAAUCUAUAGUGGCUCCUUUUUAUUACUGAAUUUCUCGCUUAACUUAUGAAACACAAAACGGCAUGUGUGCUGUACAACACGUUUAUCUAUUUAUUUGCAGGGGGGGUGAAAUAACCCAGCUGUUUGUUUACGCCAGAGUGACUGUUUCCAGGAGAGAGAGCAGAUAUGUCAGCCCAGCUCCUUAUUACUUCUGUACCCUGAAAAAAGAUGCAGUGUUGACCCGUACUAAUAUUAUCAUGUCAAACAGAUCCCACAACAUUGUGAUUAGCUUAAUAUUUGUGAUAUUAGACAUACUACUAUGUGAAUUAACUGUUUAGAAUUCUCUAAGUGUGGAUUUGACUAUUUGAAUAUUUUGUGUAUUGACGCAGUCAAGGCCAAAUCGAGUGCAAUACUUAGCUGCAACCAGCAGAGGCACUGUUGAGUCACUAACGGUCGGAAUAAGAACAUGACGUACUGUAUGUAUGAAAUUGAGCUAUAUUCACACACACCUUUGCAAUGGCAUUCCGCUCAGUACCGCAGUGGCAUUGAAACGGGAGUUCAUGGAAGUUAAAUUUAAAUGAACAUUCCCAGUUUACCCAACACAAGUCAUAAUUGUCUGUUUGUUUUGAUUUGUAUUUUGUUGUAUAAAUGUCAACACUUGCAACGGCACAUAUUUGACUCAGUGUACCAAGGGAUGAAAUCUCCAUCAUAUGGACUUGGGAUAGGAGACAGUGUUACGCCCUUAAUUGCUAUCGACUGUGCAAAAGUUUGGUAAAAUGGGCUGUAAUUUUUUUUCAUUAUAAUAUCUUAUAUAGCGUCAUAGACUUAAUUACUUCCUGUAACCUCCUCUCCUUAGUUGUGAUCUGAAUUCAUCCUGAUCACAAUUUUGCAGGAUUGUGGUCAAGGCAACUAAACAGCCUCUCCUUGAUCUUUCUGAGAUCUUAAUUUAUUACAAUGCUCAAACUUGUUUUGAAGUUUAUCGUUUACAGCAGCGUACUCGUGAAGCUCCCUUCAUAAAGUCUCAAAAUCUAUUAUUAAAUGUAUUUUUUUUUGUUUCCAAUACAAAAAGUCUGUAUAGUCCUUUUGUUUUGCCACAGUGUUGAAUUAUUAGUUUUUUCAUAUCAUUCCAUUUUUGCACCAAUCUAUUUGGAGCAGCCACACAUGUCCUUAUUCAUUAUUGAUAAAGUGGUAGAACCACUGGCCUUCUCUCGAGUCCAACCGUUGCCACAGUGACAAUAAUAAAAAUAGGUGCAAAUGUCUUUCUGCAUAUAAUUACUGGCUGUACAAAAAGCAAAGUUUGUAUUUAUUGUGUACAAAUGUUA